ACACACACGGUUUAGCCUCACUUUUGGCUGCUGAACCAUACAAAUUUCUCUUCGUCAUAAAGAGGAAGGAAAAAUCUAGCGAUCAAGCAUUACGUUAGUUUUGAGAUAGUCUACAUCAUGAGGGCUCUAGUAGUAUGUGGAUGAUUGGGUGUUGAGUCUGCAUAGGAUGCACUGUUGUCAGGGAGAAGUGCAAGUCACCUUCACGCGGUUGGCCCAGAAGCCCAUAUCUAACACAGACGAUCACAGAACUACACCAACCACGGACGGCGGUCCCGAAACAAGGUCCAUUAUGUCUGGCCACUAAAUCAACGGUCCAGCCGCGAAGAUAGAGCACAAACCGUUUAUUGGCAUCGUUGGCGUGAAUGAGAAUUUGUAGAAUCGCUGAGUUGGAUGACAAAGCCGAUGAUGGGUUUAUCGCUCCGCUAAAUAGAUUUAAUGCGCCUCUGAAUGCAUUAACCCCGUCACUGGCGGGCGCAAAACAGUGUAUCUCGGCGUGUCCUAUUCGGACCGGAACGCCUGUGAGGUUUCCCUGAACGCUUUGCAGCGCAGCCAUGGCUCUGGUGACUCUGCAGCGCUCCCCAACACCCAGCGCCGCAUCCUCAGCCAGCACCAACGCGGGGGAGGAUUUAGGCAGUGAUGAUGAUCGAAAAGCAAACCUAAGCCUGAGUGAAAGUUUCUUCAUGGUAAAAGGGGCAGCUCUGUUUUUACAGCAAGGGAGCAGUGCACAAGGGCCCAGAACACCCACCCAUCAUAAAAAUGCAGGUGAUCUACCACAGCACCUACAAGUAAUGAUAAACACCCUCCGUUCUGAGGAUAGAAUUAAAUUAGUUGUUAGGUUAGAAAGUGGAUGGACAGACCAUGUGCGGUACAUGGUGGUUGUCUACACAAAUGGGCGUCAAGACACUGAAGAAAACAUACUACUUGGAAUGGAUUUCACAGAUAAGGACAGUAAAAGUUGCUCUAUUGGGAUGACUCUUCCACUUUGGAGUGAUACCAAGAUUCACUUGGAUGGAGAUGGAGGUUUCAGUGUGAGCACAGCAGGAAGACUGCAUGUUUUCAAGCCCGUGUCAGUCCAAGCCAUGUGGUCUGCCCUCCAGGUGUUGCACAAAGCAUGUGAGGUGUCCCGCAGAUACAACUAUUUCCCUGGAGGGAUGGCCCUUACGUGGGCCGGCUAUUAUGAGAGCUGCAUCUCCUCAGAGCAGAGCUGUAUCAAUGAGUGGAAUGCCAUGACUGAUCUAGAGACCACCCGGCCUGACUCCCCAGUCAUGUUUUCUGAUCAGCCAACGGAGAGAGAGAGAACAGAGUGUAUGAUCAAAGCCAAACUCCGAAACAUAAUGAUGUUUCAGGACCUGGAAAAUAUUACUUCUAAGGAGAUCCGAAAUGAGCUGGAACAACAUAUGAGCUGCAACCUGAGGGAGUAUAAAGAGUUUAUUGACAAUGAGAUGCUGCUUAUCCUCGGCCAGAUGGACAAGGCUACGCUCAUAUUUGAUCAUCUGUACCUGGGCUCAGAAUGGAACGCAUCCAACUUGGAGGAGCUUCAAGACUCUGGGGUGGGGUAUAUCCUCAAUGUCACAAGAGAGAUUGACAACUUUUUCCCUGGUACCUUUUGUUAUUGUAACAUCCGUGUUUAUGAUGAUGAGACUACAGACCUGCUGGCGCACUGGAACGAAACCUACAACUUCAUAGUUAGAGCCAAGAAAAACAACUCUAAAUGCCUAGUACAUUGCAAGAUGGGAGUGAGUCGCUCAGCAUCCACCGUCAUUGCUUAUGCUAUGAAGGAGUUUGGAUGGUCACUUGAAAAGGCGUACAGUUUUGUCAAACAGAAGAGGAAUAUAGCACAACCCAAUCCAGCAUUUAUGAAACAACUGGCUGAGUACGAGGGGAUUUUAGAUGCCAGCAAGCAGAGACACAACAAACUCUGGCAACCAGACAGUGAUGAGUAUUCGCUGGAGGGCCUUCAGGCUUCAGCUGCCAGUGGUGACCAGACUCCUCAAUUUUCGUCGCUGCACCCCGAUCAGGAGGAGACGGCUUGGGGCCACGGAGGAGCGAGUGCUUCCCCCUGCUGCGGAGAAGAGCCGACAGACCAUCUCAACUACAACUACUACUUCCGGCGACUCUCAGACACUGCUCUGGACAGUGAACCCUCCACGCCAGUUCGAGGUCCUCCACUGUUAGGCAUGGAACGAGUCUUUAUUGAGAUUGAGGACGUGGAGAGGGAUGCGUUGUUGGACGAUGAGGGUUUUCCCAUGGCUCACUUAGCCCUUCCUGGGGAGGGUACAGCAGCCCAGACCUGCGGCCGACUGGAGCCCUUGGAGGACAUGCGCUUGCGGCUGGAGUUCAGCACGGUGGAGGAGGAGGAUGAGGAGGAAGCACAAAAGGAGGAGGCGGAGAUGGCUGCCUUAGCUCGUGGUGAGGAGAUGCAGAGGGAAGACGGGAGCCUGGCUAACUCGAACCGCUUUAACAACGAGAACGCCAACAACAGCAACAGGCUGGCCGGGAAACGCAGCUGCCCUUCUGGCUUUGACGACAGUGCUAGCAUUGGAAACCCCUACAAAGUGAAGCCCUCAUAUCAGUCGUGCCGAGACUGCCUGCGCCUGCCCAGCGGCCGCCGCUGCGAACGUCGCACCCAUCGCCUUAACCUGCCACGUCAUGCUGGCCUUCCCAGUAUCUCCAUCCAGGCCCCCGGAGGACACAAAUUCAGUCCCGCCUCCGCCAAUAAGGUGCCUCCUCCUGCCCCUCGGCAUCACAUGAGCAGCGGGCACUGCCAGUGCAUUCGUUGCUCCAGUCGGGCCAACUUGGACACUUACCUCAAGCAACCAAGCUGCGAAGACCUUCCUCAGGAUUUGCGUUAUUCCUUGGAGACUGAGGACAAAAUGGAGGGGGAGGACGAGGGGAGCAAGGGGAGCUCCAGCAGUCCUAUGACAGAGCUCACUCUCCUGAGGCUCAGUUUGGGUGGUGAGAGGCCUAUGGCGGAGCUCAGUCAGGGGGUCCACCUGGAGACACAGCUGGUGCACCAUAGACUGGAGCAAGUGUCCGGUCCUCAGUCGGAACAGAUGGACCUGAGUGUAGAGGACACUGCCAUGGAGGACAUGGAAGUGGAUGAGGAGAAUGUUCCCAACUUGCACCCUGGCUCCAGUGAAUUCCAGCAAAUGCUUGCACCGGGCUCGUCCCUGACGCGCAGCUCCAGCAGCGACAGUCUUCAGAGAAUUCGGAGAGGCCAGCCGGGCUUGGUACGUCAGCGAGCUCAAGAGAUUGAGACCCGUGUGCGGCUCGCCGGACUGACCAUGUCCUCCCAACUUAAAAGGUCUAAUUCGCUGGCCAAGCUAGAUGACUUGGCCAUCUCCACAGAGGACCUUACGCUUUCCGCCACAGUCUCAAUUGACUAUGAGGAGCAAGAGCCUUCUCUUUGCUUGGAAACCUCUUGCUCUCCCAAGCUCUCUUUAACUCCGACUGUGUUGCAGAGUUUGAAAAGCUGACUCAAAGAUGUCAGAACUGCUUUCUCAGUGAAUGGGACUGCUCUAGUCCUACAGCCAUUGAAAGCAACCAUGCAGGCUGAUGCUGCAAGACACCUCAUGAGAACAAUCAGGCCAGGCUUGGACAUCCUUCCAGCAGCCCUUUACAUAACUGCACUGCGUUCUUCAUGUGUCUGUCUGUGCUUUAACUAAGAUAUAUAUAUUAAAGCAUGCUCUGGCUUGGACCUUUAUUAAUGGCUUUGUUGAUAUCGCAUUUCUUUGUCUUGCUAAAGGAAGCCCAACCUGUUACGGUUUUACUAUACAUGUGGCCCAUCUAUAGGUGGCAUAAUCAAGACCUGGUUAAAUUAGCAAUGAUUUUAUUCAAAUAUUUGUUUGAUAUCCAUAAUUUAUAAUUAUUUUAACUUUUAAAGCCCAUUUUAAUGCCCUUUGAUGGAUAUUAUUACUAACAACAAUUCACCAGCAAAUUUAUGUGCUAUUGCAGAUAAACCAAUCAUGUAGUUGAGAUGAUUCAGUGAGAAAAAGAGGCAGUUUAUCUGAUUUAGAUAGUCACAAACCAUCAAAGUGCACAUAAAUGUAAAAAUUAGAACAAUGUUAUGGAAUAUCUAAUCAGACUUUGUGUUAUUUAUAAUGAUAAUAGAAAUUUCCAGAUGUAGAUACUGAUACAUGACCAUUUUAGCUAUGGCUUUAUUAAAACAUGAUCAAAAUUUGAGCCCAUAAGAAUUCAUAUUUUAGUGGCGACUUUGUUGUUCAGUUUUGCCUUCAAGAGCCGUAUAGUUCUAAGAAAUUUUCAUCAAAACGUCACACAACAAAAGUAAUUUCAGACUAAAGUUUAGUCUGAAAUUUUUGAUUGUCACUGUGUCAUUCCAACCUGAUAGUUACUUGAAUCCUUAAAUGUUGCCAUUUUUCAAAAAUGACAUCAACAAAGCCACAUAAUUAUUGUCUAUUUCCAGAGAAAAAUGCAACAUGAAUGUGGUUGGCUAUUUGUCUUACAAUUCUCUAAUUUACUUCUCAGCUGGUGUUUAUCAGAUCAACUACAUCCAAAAUGUGCUACUAGAGCAUAGCUCCUGUUAUGUAAUUUAGCUUAAGCUGUUUAUUGUACAAAUUGUAGCCUGUGAUGUGCAAAAAGGCUUUAGCAGCAACACAUUAGUACAAUACAGUCUUCAAGUUGAUCAGAGGAUGUUCAAAUGUGUCACUAUCGUCCUUUAAAAGGUCCUUUUAAAGUGUCUCCUAUACAAAAUGACAUCAUGGCAUCUGAUAAUGACAGACAUGUACGUUAAGUAUUAACAGGUACGAGCAGUGUGUUAUCUUAUGAUAUUGUGGCCAUUGGGACUUACUACCAUGAUAGGGACAUUACUAUCAUAUGUGUAAAAGAACACAAAGUUUGAUUAGUGCUCUGGGACAGCUAGUAAGUUUGAAAGUAUUGGUUAAACUUGACCUUAAUUAUUUUUUUCAUAUAUAUAUAUAUAUAUAUAUAUAUGUAUAUUUAAUAAUUAUUGUUACCAAUAUGUUAUUGGUCUUUAUGUUGUCUAUUAAGCUUUUUUGUUUUUCUUUUUUCUUUUUGGAAAAAAAAAAAAAAAAUAUGCAAAGUGGCCUGUGCAAUAAGUGUAAGCAAGAAUUUGAAGAGAAUGAUUUUUAUUUAUACAAUAAUAAGAAAAGUAACUACUUUUCAUUUAGAAGAAUGGAAAUCAGAUGUGAAAGAAAAGCACCUUGAGUGAGAUUUGAGUGAAAGUUUUUUUCCCAUAUGAUCCACAUGGACUAAGUCACUGCUGUAUGAAACUAUGUUCUGACUUUUAUUUUAAAAACUGUGAGACAUGUUUCAUAUUGCUUUUGUAAAUAAAAAAAAUUUGUCUUUUUAUUUAUCCCCCCCCCCCCCCCCCCCCCCAUUCAUUCCCAUUACAAACUGUAUAGGUUUGGGGAGGUAUUUCUGCAAAUCAAAAUUAUUACGAUUGCCAAAAAAGAUGGCCUCCCAAAAAGAGUAAAGUUGUAGUUUUGCUUUCCGCUCAUGGCUCCUCCCAGCUGCUGCUGAUUUGAGUACUAGACAUUUUGUUUCUUCAGACAUGCAAGUGCCUUACCUGUUGCCAUUUGCAAUCAAACGGUUCUUUGGUAAAAACCGCUUGUUUCACAGAGGUUUUGUCUUCACCUGGUUGCAGUCUUUAUAGAGCAAUGUUUAUUUUGAACAACAUAUUUGUGGCUUAUUUUUUGAUCUGUUUGUCUUUUCAUUUUGAUACUACAUUUCAUAUUUGAAUCGAAAAGACCAAAGUCAUUUAUUUAUUGUCAUGUUUUGACAUGUUUGAACACACUAAGCCAACAAUAAAAUCAACUGGAGAAACUGUAAGAUUGCCUUUAGCCCUAACUUAACAGCUCUUAAAAGUGACUUGGAACACACAUCAGAUACUGUACUUCAUUUUGACCAUUUUAAGUUGUGUUGCACUAUGUUUUAUAAUGUAAUGUACAGUUAAUUAUAGAAAUAAAUUGUUUAUUGUCUGCAUCAGAAAUGGA